CAUGGUUAGUAGUCGUUAGUUUAAAUUUUUUUCGGCUUCCUUCUUGUUAUCUUGCAGAAUUUUCUGAGCUUCUUUCCCAUUUCACGUGCAUUUUCGGUCAGGGUACUUCUUUUCAUCUUUGAAUAUGUUCAGUCAGACGGUGUAUAACCUCAUCUUAAAGGGGAGACCCUGUUUUAGAAACCAAUUCGUGCGCUCUUUCUGUAGUCCAGUUGGAUCUAAUGUGGAAAAGUCAAUCAAUGAAGUUAGACUGCUCGGUCGUGUAGGUGCUGAACCUGAGAAACGAGGCAGUGAAGAGCACCCUGUAGUGACUUUCCAACUCGCCACAGACACCAGUUACAGAAACAGUGCAGGUGAGAUCACCCAAAAAACGGAGUGGCAUAGAAUCGCUGUUUUUCGGCCGAAACUGCGAGACACUGUCUACGAUUAUCUGCAGAAAGGCAAAAGAGUCUAUGUUGCGGGUCGUAUAUCUUAUGGGUCCAUGACCACGGAAAGUGGGAGCACAGUCAAUUUGUGCUCCAUCAUCGCGGAUGACAUCAUCUUCCUCCAUAGCUAAGUCUCCUUUCCCCCCAAAUUUUUUUUACCAUAAGAUUUCUCUCUUUUUCCUAUUUACUGUCAUUGAAAAAUGUUACCACUGACUAAAAUCGGAUCCUCUCUCAAAAUGAUGACUUAUGUGGUUGUCGUCAGUCCUGAUUCGUUACAAUAUUCAGAAUAACUUAAAUAAAUAAACGUUUUUUCCCCUUUAUUUAUUUAUUAUUGGAUUAAUGAUGGAAGAGAAAUUUUGCUAAAACGACAGAUUAUCUCUAGCAUUACUUGGCAUAUGAAACCAUCAAUCAAAUAAUUAAUUUGCUUGUCACAAUGAACUUCUCAGAAACUCCACUCAGAAAAGCUUGCUUAAUAACCUCAAACUAAAAAGAAUUAAGAUUUUUUACUUUUCUGUUUACUAUCUUUUGACUAAGCUUUUGCAGACUGAAGUUUGAUUACCUAUGUACUUAAAAAAUGAUCAAUAAAGUUGCUUCGCUGUCAGUCCUAAUUUCUAAAGAAUUCAAAGAAUUUCAUACAUCAUUAUAUCCGUUUAUUUUUUUCUGUAAAGUGAGUGGAUCGUCAAUUUUACUCAUCGGAAAUAGUUUCUUUCAGCAUCACAGGGUGCAAAAAAUUUUGGCUAGGUAAUUAGAUCUUUCAAAAAUUACAAUUAUUUUCCCAGUGGUCAUAAAGCAAAGAGAAUUAUAUCAACACAAAUAAGCUUCUUACACUAUGUAGCUAUUUUUCUUUUUUACUUAAAACUGUAUAUUUUUAUGUCUACGUUUCAAGAUCAAGAACUGCAAUCUCGUGGGGAAACUAAAAACUUACAAAGAACCUUUUUUUCACAAAGAAAAGGAUGAGGCCUAGCAUUACUGUCCCUUUGCAAAAGUGAACCGGGGUCUUGAAAACUGAUGAACUCGUAGGAUUGAAUGUGUCAAGUACAUUUAUCAACUGUGAGAAUUUUCAUCUCUAAUGAUUUCUUUCUCGAUUCUUGAUGUAUUGAAAAAUAAUUCUCAAUAUAUUUUUUCACUUGCUGUACAAAUAUUUUACAUAUACCAUUGAACUUUGUUUUUGUAAAACCUGAUAGGUUAGGAGGGUAAGCAAAGUGAUAUUCUGAUAUCAUGUUUCUUAUGCUCAGAAAACAAAGAGGCACUUUUUUUGCCACAUUUACCAAGGAUUUAGAUCAUUUUAAGAUGGUGAAGUGAAUAUUGUUUGUACAGAUACUAAAAAACUGUAGGUUUGUGAGAGCCUCCAUACUGCUGACUGCUGUGCUACGAAAAAUUUUUGAAUACUGUUGAAUUUUUUCUUAUAAAAUAUUUAUUGCCAUGAUAAGUUAUGGAAAUUUUGCUUCUAGGUUUAACACCAUAAUUAAAUUUUGGAAGUUAUUCUGUGUAAUUUUAGAAAAAAAAAAAAAAAAAAAAAAAAAUUAUCGAGAGAAUGUGGGUUUAUCAACAGAUAUUUGGCAAAGCCUCAUGUUUUUUUUGUAGUACAGCAACCUGUAUCCUGUUUAGAUGUGGUAACAAGUGAUUUAUCAACCAAUAUUUCCUACGUAAGAUAUUUUAAGCAGCUUUUUGUAUAACCUUUGUUUUUUUGAAGAGCCAAUUAUCUUUGCAAUUAUCGAUUGCUUACCUCUCAUUAGUUUCUUUCUUUUACUCAAUCUCCCAAUGUCUGAUUUAUCUUUUUGUUGAAUGUAGACGAAACUUGUAGAGUAAGAAAGUUUACCUCUUCAGAUCGUUCUACAAGUUUCCUAUCUCCUAAAAUGCAUCUCAUCUUUAGUACAUACCUAUAUAUCAUUUACUUUGUUUGAGUAGUUAACGCUAAGUGUUUCUUCAGGCCAUAUAUUUCUUUGUACAUAAUCGUGUUAUCAAAUAUGACUGAGAAUAAAUUAAUCGAUUUUUUUAUUUUUGGAA